UGAAUUUCUCGCCAUCUCGCCAUCGUGGCUUCUCUGAGGGCUUUAGCAUCAAGGAUUGCGCCAUACCACAAGAUGUCAGCCUCCGGCGAACGUCGUGAUAUUGUGAUCGUUGGUGGUGGUAUCAUCGGAUGCUGCUCAGCUUAUUAUUUGACCAGACAUCCUUCUUUUGACCCUUCACGGCAUUCGGUGACUCUCAUUGAAGCAUCCGACAUCGCAGGAGGGGCGUCGGGCAAAGCAGGAGGCCUUCUGGCAUUGUGGGCUUACCCGAGCAACAUCGUCCCACUGAGUUACAAGUUGCAUGCGGACUUGGCUAAGGAGCACAAUGGCAAGGAGCGAUGGGGUUAUCGAGAAGUCAAUUGCGGACAGCUCAUGGCGAAGGGCCGUCCUCUCAGCGACAAGAAAGACGCCAGCGCAGGAGCAAGUGGGAGCUCGGUGUCUCUACAGAAGCGGAGCGCCGAUGCCAUGGGAAAAUUGAAAGCUGCAAAGUUUCCCAAAGAUCUAGAUUGGUUUGAGCCUGAGGCUGUGAGAAGCUACACAAGCAUGAGUGAUCCCGGAGAGACUGCCCAGGUUCAUCCUUAUCUCUUCACGACUUCUAUCGCUAAGCUUGCCGAAGAAAAGGGUGCAAAGAUAAUACUGGGCUCCGUUACCGGCAUCGACUAUUCCGGAGAUGCGGUCCAGUCAGUAUCGUAUACUGACAAGAAGACGGGUGAAUCGCACAGCAUCUCAGCAACAGACAUUGUUGUUGCUGCCGGUCCCUGGACGAGGUCGGUCUUGCCAGAAGCCCCUAUCACGGCGACUCGCGCACACAGUGUUGUUAUCCGGCCAGUUGAGCCAGUUAGCGCAUACACUCUUUUCACCAGCAUUGACCUCCCGGCCAAUUUCGAUCCGACGAAGCCUUCUCGACCUGAUGAGGCCUCGCCGGAGAUUUAUGCUCGCCCAGACAAUACAGUUUACGCAUGUGGUGAAGGCGAUCACGUCGUUCCGCUUCCGAAAACCAGCGCAGAUGUGGAAGUAGAUCAAGUGCGAUGCCAGGAUAUCAUCAACCAGGUCGGCAGCAUCUCUGAUCGACUCCGUGAUGGCGAAGUCUUAGCCCGGCAGGCUUGUUAUUUGCCUAAUGUGGCUGCUGCACGCGGGGGUCCAUUGAUUGGUCAUACUGGCACCAAGGGGCUAUACCUUGCUGCUGGCCAUACUUGCUGGGGCAUACAAAACGCCCCGGGUACUGGCAAGCUGAUCAGCGAAUUCGUCUUCGAUGGUGCAGCUAAAAGUGCGAAGAUCGGUUCACUGGAUCCAAGGAAUUUCCUGUAGAAUAGAAGCCUG